AGCAAAUAAAAUAUGGAAAUCGCUCCCGCAAAGAAAGAAGACUACGUUUUCAAGAUUGUCAUAGCAGGCAGCUCAGGCUCUGGCAAGUCUGCUAUCUCUAGAAGAUACUUCCAGAACGAGUUUACAGAGGCUCUCGGGUUCACCAUCGGAGUUGAAUUUGAUGAAAAGGUAGUCCAGAUCGAUGAUAGCGCAGUCAAAGUGCAGCUGUGGGACUGCUCAGGCAAAAGCACAUAUUCAGAGAUUGCUAAAUAAGCACUUUUACGGAGCGGUAGGGGCCAUCAUUGUCUAUGAUGUGACCGACAGGAACUCUUUCAAGGAUAUCGCCACCUGGAGAGAAGAAAUACAGAGAGAAGCUGCAGAAAGCUGAGAGUUCAUGGUGAUGCCUAACAAGUGCGACUUUACAGUAAAAUACCCUCGUAUGAAGCAGAUUCCAAAUGAAGAAGGCAGGAAGUUGAGCGAAGAGCAAGGAAUGAUGUUCAGUGGAGAAUGCAGUGCUAAAUAAAAACACAAACGUGAAGGAGUCAAUAGAUGCGUUUAUUGUUCAUAUAUACAACAAACAGAUUGAGAUGGCUGAUCAGAAGAUUACAAAAAGCAAGAAAAAGAAACUUGCUAAUCUUGAUGAUUGGCUAAAACAUGCCCCAGAAGAAAGGAAGAGAAUGGAACAACACUCUAGCUGUAUAAUAUUCUAGACAUUAUUCUAUAUCUAAUAACUUACUAAUGACUGUAUCUCUACUCUCUUCAGCACUAACCU